AUGGCCCACUCCAGCUGCUCCUCUUGCUCUAAGCCUACCUGCUGCAAGACCACCUGCUGGAAACCAGCCUGUGUCACUAGCUGCUCUAGCACACCCUGCUGUCCACCUAGCUGCUGUGGAUCCAGCUGCUGCCAGUCAUGCUGUCCUCCAACUUGCUGUGAAACCACCUGCUGCAAGACCACCUGCUGCAAACCAGCCUGUGUCACCAGUUGCUGCAGCACACCCUGCUGUCCACCCAGCUGCUGUGUGUCCAGUUGUUGUGGUAAAUCCAGCUGUGAGUCCAGCUGCUGCCAGCCCUGUUUUACCCCAACUUGCUGUGAAACCACCUGCUGCAAAACCACCUGCUGCAAGCCAGCCUGUAUGGUCAGCUGCUGCAGCACACCCUGCUGUGAGCCCAGCUGCUGUGAGCCUUGCUGCUGCCCCAGUUGCUGCAUCAUUCCCUGCUGCCAGCCCUGCUGCCCUCCUACUUGCUCUGGAACCACCUGCUGCAGGACCACCUGCUCCAAAAAAUCCCAUGUGACCCGCUGCUGCAGCACACCCUGCUGCCAGCCCUGCUGUUGUGUGUGCACCUGCUGCCAGCCUUGCUGCCCGUAA